AUGUCAUCACGAAGUGACACAAAAAAGAAACGUGGAAGUGAAUGGAACGGGAAAUCUGCAGAAAAUUUGGGGUCAUCGUCAUUAAUGCCAAUUGCUGUUGGUUACAAGCCUGAUGUGCGAAUAUUUGAAGAAAGAAAAAGCAAAGCAUUGGCUGUUUAUGGGAAUGAUUCCAAGUCUCUUAUUCUUCUUAUUGCUUGGCUUCCAGCUACUUUGUCGGUGGUUUUCGUGUACAUGAUUUGCGAAAUGAAGGUUGUUAGGCAGCCAAAUCAGUUGAGCAUUUUUUACUACUUCCUAUUCGUGUCAAUUGCGCUUGCAUUGUUUCUUAUGGUUAUAAUCAUACUUCAAAAAGCAGUGGCUUUCUCACAAGCAGCUUAUACUGGAAGUGCAACUGUGGAUAUGGAUGCUACGACUUCUAUGGAAACUGAGGCAUCACCCUGUCGCAGAUUGGAUUUUGACAAGGUAGAUCAAAUUACUAAUGAUGAGGUUUCCACUCCACCAGUUUUAAAUGUGAUAAAAGAUGUAAACAAAAUUCAUGCAUCGAUUCCUCUGGAACUACUUCCGAAGAUGGACAUGGAAUUUGAGAGUGAAGAUGAUGCUUAUAAUUUUUACUUAGCAUAUGCAAAGGAUGUUGGUUUUGGAAUCAAAAGAAGUAGCUUCCACAAAGAUAGCAAUGGUAAGGUCAUGGAUAGGGUAUUUUGUUGUAGUGCUGAAGGAAAACGAGCAAAGGAUAAAAGAGAUCUCAAUGUAAGAGCUCAUCGUCCUGAAACACGAUUUAAUUCUUCGGCGAAAAUGAAGGUUAAUAGUAGACAAACCGGUAAGUUUCGUAUAUGUCAGUUGAUCAUUGAGUAUAAUCACUAUCUUUCAAGUCCCAAUAAAACUCACUUACACAGAUCACAUAGAAAGAUAAAUUCUAUUCAUGCAGCUGAAAUUGAUAUGGCAUACCGUGUGGGUAUAGCACUAAAAGUUUCUUAUGAACUUAUGGCACUACAAGCAGGAGGACGGGAGAACUUAGGUUUCAUUCCUGAGGAUUACAAGAAUUAUUUACGUUCUAAACGAACAAUACAAAUGGAUGUCGGAGAUACAGGAGGUGUACUUGAAUAUUUGCAAAAAAUGCAAUUGGAGGAUCCUAAUUUCUUCCAUGCAAUUCAAGUGGAUGAAGAUGCUUUGAUUACAAAUAUUUUUUGGACUGACGGGUUAAUGAGGGUAGAUUUUGCUAGUUUUGGAGAUGUUGUCUGUUUUGACACGACCUACAGAAAGAACAAUGAAGGCCGUCCAUUUGCAUUAUUUGUUGGAGUGAAUAAUCAUAAGCAGACUGCAAUAUUUGGGGCUGCUUUAUUAUAUGAUGAAACUGCUUCGACUUUUGAGUGGUUGUUUGACACUUUUGUGAGAGGCAUGUCUGGAAAAAACCCAAACACUAUACUUACGGAUUAG